AUGGGAUACGCGGAAUGGAAUCAAAAAGCAACUCUGUGGCUGCAGGUUAGGAUUUUAACAUUUUUGAGAAAUUUGAAUAUAAAUCAAAUUUUAGACAAAAAUUGGGCGAAAAGCGAGGAUUGGAUUAUUAGCCGCCACUGUUGUUUCGUAUCCAAUUGGAUCGAUUUUGAUUAAUGGACCCUUUGUAAAUUUGACUUUUCCUAAGAGGUUAGGAUAAGUUUAAAUUAUAGAUAUAUAUUUUUUAAAGAGAUUUUUAAAAACCUAUUCACAAAGGCCAAAAAAUCUAUAUUUCAGAAAAGCCUAGAAUUUUAUGUGACUUGAAAAUAAAUCACCAAACCCAAGCCUUUGAAAACUUGAGCUCUAAAAAUUCUUUGCUCGAAAUUUCCAAUUAAAAUCAUUUUCAUUAAAAAAAAUGUUUUUUCAAACGAAUUUCCCAAUUCUUAAUGUUAAAAAUUUACAUUUUCAUAUUUUCCCAGCUUCAAAUUCCAUUUCAUUUCAAAAAUCAAUAAAUAUCCACAUCAUUGAUCAACACCAAAAUUGUAAAUAUUUAUUUAUUUGUUUAUUUUUCAAUUUACGAACUUCCCAAAUAUUUAUCAAAAAAAACCUUUCACCAAAAACUAACCCAAUCAUAUUUUCUUCAGAUAUUCCAUCGAAAACCUGCCAACUCGUCUCUCAAAAAUCGCCGACGAAGAAUAUCAGCGAUUCUUGGAGCGAGAAAAUCGUGUGCCAAAAGACGCGGUUUUCAAUUUGCACAUUCAGAAGACACUGGAUUCUUCAGAUGAUACAGUUGCUUCGGGUUCUUUAGGAGUUCGGACUGGUUUAUGUGUGGCGGUUCCAUUUUAUGCGAGAUUUGAGAGUGUUCAGGAUGCUUUGGAUUAUUUUAGGUAGGUGUUUUGUAGGGGGAAAACCAAAUAAAUUCAAGAUUUUUUUUUCAUAAAUUUAGAAUUUUAGAUUUUCAAAUCAAAAUUAUACAAAUGAAAGAAGAACUUUGGUCUGAAAAAAUCUGAAAUUUCCAGCUUUUCCGGAACCCAAAAACUUGAAAUAUGAAAUUAAUUUAGGGUGUUAGAGUUAUUUUUUAGAAAAGUAUAGCAAAAAUUUAGGCUUGUGAAGCCUAAAAAAAAUUUAGGCUUGUGAAGCCUAAAAAAAUUUAGGCUUGUGAAGCCUAAAAAAAAUUAGGCUUCUGAAGCCUAAAAAAAUUAGGCUUCUGUAGCCUAAAAAAAUUUAGGCUUCUGAAGCCUAAAAAAAUUUAGGCUUGUGAAGCCUAAAAAAAUUAGGCUUCUGAAGCCUAAAAAAAUUUAGGCUUGUGAAGCCUAAAAAAAUUAGGCUUCUGAAGCCUAAAAAAAUUUAGGCUUCUGAAGCCUAAAAAAAUUAGGCUUCUGAAGCCUAAAAAAUUAGGCUUCUGUAGCCUAAAAAAAUUUAGGCUUCUGAAGCCUAAAAAAAAUUAGGCUUCUGUAGCCUAAAAAAAUUUAGGCUUCUGAAGCCUAAAAAAUUAGGCUUCUGAAGCCUAAAAAAAAUUAGGCUUCUGUAGCCUAAAAAAAUUUAGGCUUCUGAAGCCUAAAAAAAAUUUAGGCUUCUGAAGCCUAAAAAAAAUUAGGCUUCUGUAGCCUAAAAAAAUUAGGCUUCUGAAGCCUAAAAAAAAUUAGGCUUCUGAAGCCUAAAAAAAAUUUAGGCUUCUGAAGCCUAAAAAAAUUUAGGCUUCUGAAGCCUAAAAAAAAUUUAGGCUUCUGAAGCCUAAAAAAAAUUAGGCUUCUGAAGCCUAAAAAAAUUUAGGCUUCUGAAGCCUAAAAAAAAUUUAGGCUUCUGAAGCCUAAAAAAAAUUUAGGCUUCUGAAGCCUAAAAAAAAUUUAGGCUUCUGAAGCCUAAAAAAAAUUUACAAGGGAACCUUUUUUACUCAACACCUUGAUGAAAUUUUGUCCAGAGACAUCUUUUGGGGUCAUAAGAACACCCUAAAAAUUUAAGUUACCCAAUGGACCUAUGAGCUCUCUCUCUGACCUCUGGGCUCUCUCUCUCUGACCUCUGGGCUCUCAAAAACUCAAAAAAGGCCUAAAAAUGGUCAUAAAAGUCAUCAUAGCUCUAUUUCAAAAAUUUUUUUGAGAGAAAUAAAGUUUCAGAUAUUGAUCAGCAUAGUCGAUUACCUAAAAGUAAAUCAAUAAAAAACAUUUUUUCGAAAAAUUUUGAAGUUUUUUUAUUUUUGGGCUGAAAAUUCAUGAAAAUUCAUAUGUGCCCCUCCCUGCUCAUUCUUUUUUUCAAAAUCAAAAAUUUUUCGGAAAAUUUUAUUUAUUGAUGGUUUUUGGGUAAAUCGACCACGCUGAUCAUCAUCUGCUACUCAGUUUUUCAUAAAAUUGAUCGAGAAUUGAGUUAUGACGUGUUUUAUGAGCCAAUUUUUAAACUUUUAAGAGCCCAGAACUUGGCUCAGAGGUCCAUUGGGUAACUAAGAUUUUUAGGGUGUUCUUAUGGAAAAAAAAGCUGUCUCUGGACAAAAUUUCAUCAUGAUUUGAAGUGUUGAGUAAAAAAGGUUCCCUUGUUAGGCUUGUGAAACCUAAAAAAAAUUUAGGCCUGUGAAGCCUAAAAAAUUAGGCUUAGGCUUGUGAAGCCCAAAAAAAUUUUAAAAAAAUGAUCAAUAAAAUAACUACUUCAUUUCUCCAUUUUCAGCUUUCUCAACUUUCUCGAGUUUCAUUCCGCUUUCUUUUUUUUGGUGGAGAUAAAUCCAAAGCUUUCUCUUUAAAUUUCCAUGAUACAACACAUUCAUUAACAUAUUCCACUUCCGCAUCGAAUUUGGUUUCGAGCCUGAAUGAAAAUUUUGAUUCAAGAGAUUUAAAAAAUCACAAAACUUACACUAUUUUCGUGUCAGUGUCAACGAUAAUUUCUAGAUGUUUGUAUAGUUUCAGAAUUUUCGCAGGUGAAAUCGCAACAGAAUGAAGAAUUUUUUGAAAAAAUUUUCGAUAACUGAAAAAAUUAUUUUUUAAAUAGUGAUUUUGAAUUUUAAAAAAACGAACUACGAUGCUAAAUUAGCUGCUGUCCUAUUGCUUUUUUUGUCCUCGAUGAAUUUGUUCCAAAUUCGUAAACCUUUUGGCCGAAUUUUUCUAACUUCUUCAGCUCCAAAUAAUUCGUCAAACAAAAAUUCUGCCAUUUGUAGGCGAUCUUCGUCAUUAAAUGAAGAUCUACUCAUUUGUGUUGUUUGAGUAUUAUAAUUUUCUUGAUCAUCUUGAAUUUCAAGAUCUUUUUCUUGAUCCAUUACAAUCUACACGUUUCGAAAUAUAAAGAAUGAACGAAAAAUCUAAAUUCCUGCCUUUUUUCUGCCGGCCCUUGGAAUUCUACGAGUACACGUGAUUUAAUUGUUUUUUUGAUUUCAUAAAAAAUAUUGACCAAUUUUAAAAAUGAGGUCCUGGAUUUUCUUUCAUUUUCCCUAUAAAACUUUCACUUUUUGAUGGUUUGAACUUUGUGUGAAAUAAAAACAAGAAAAGGAAAACAAAAACACCAUUAUCUAAUUUUCAUUACAGAGAAAAGUAUAGUGAUGGUUUCGAUUUUCUUGGCGAAAAAGUUCCGAUUCGUUGGAGUUCCGAUGAAUUGACAUCACAGGAUUUUGCCGAAUGUUUUACGCUCACUGAAAACGCUUAUCGAUUUUUGUUCCUUCGCGAUUUAUAUGCGCAUGAUGGAUAUUCGGCAUUGGCACAAAGAAGUAUUUCGUGGGCGACUUGGACCACUUUUAGCUCGAUUUUUACAUAUUGGAUACAUAAUGUGAGUGGUUUUUGAAUGAGGGCGCCUGAAACUAUCAAAAAAAAAUUCCAGAGUUCAAGAUUGUUUGGUGGAACUGCUGCAUCAUUUGCAAUUGCUUAUCCGAUUUUGUUAGGAGCCGCUUGGUAUGCAAAUACACAAUGGCAUUUGUUAUAUAGGUGAGCGAUGUUUGUGGGGAGGUUUUUGUGAAAUAAAAAUUUAUAGAGGUUUUUUAAGACACUCGAGUUCGAGGCAAUAUUUUUUCUGAUCACUUUUCCGCGCCGAAAAUGACCCCAUUGCUCAUUUUUACUAAAAUUCUAUCAUAGAAAAUUGAAAUCUGAACAUUUUAGCAAAUAAUUAAAAAAUCUGAAGGUCUAACAUUUUCUCACAGACUUUUUCUAGUAAAAUUUAAAAUGACUCCCAAACCCUCAAUUUUUUGUAGAUAUUUGACUGAUAUCCACGCUGAUGCUGAAGCUGGUCGAGCCUCAUUUGCUCACGCCGAAGGUGGAAAAGAAUAUUAUUGGAAAAUGCUAAAAAGAAAUCGAAUAAUGCGAGAUAUCAAACCAUCUCUAUACACACAAAUCACAGCAACUGGAGAUAUUCGAGGAAUUGCAACACCAAUUAUAACAAGAUAUGAUCAUUUGAAAGAUGUUAAUGAAGAAGAUGAUGAAUUAAAACAGGUUGUUAAUAUGGAUGAUUAA